GGUUGUUACGUCAACAUAAUAACGUAGUCUUGUUUUAAACGGAUUGGUUAAAAAAGGUAAACAGUGCGAUUUCUGACGUGAUUCAUUCAUAACGUAGCUCAAGCCACAACGCUGUUUACACAACGCCUUUCACGCAAUUCGCAGAAGCAGCAGAUUUCGAUGUUCCGACUGUGGAGACACGCUCGUGCAUUUGGCGCACUCGUUCCGAAAGAGCAGCUGGCUCGGAAUUUAACUCGACUUCCGACGCUGAGUCGCUCUCUCCUUAUCAACCGCGAUGGUAUUAGUAAUGAGUCCGUUUAUGGCCAAAGCUGCAAAAUGUCCACCAUCGGUUACCUGAGAGGCGACAACAAUCUGGAGUGCACUGCCGGAACCAUGAACGACGUCAAGCAAGUCAUCAUCAAAAAGCUCGGCAUCGAGGUCGGUUACACGCCGUUCGUGAGCACUCGUGAACAUCUGACGCAGUACGCACCAACUUCGCUGGACCAGUUGCCACCUCGGUCGAUGCAGGAUUCGUUUACGUCGGCGAUUAUCCCGCUCACGACCGACAAGAUCCUAAAGGACAAGUAUGUUGGAUUUAUGGGAAACGUUCGACUGGGUCGUCUCAUGGAAGAUAUGGACAUGUUUGCUGUGUGGGUCGUCCACAAGCACUUGCUGUUGCCGAAUCUGCCCGAGGGUGUCGCUCUUCCGUACACCUUCGUGACCGCUCUGGUCGACAAGAUUGAUUUUACCGACGUGGUCCCAACGCAUGACGCGGACAUUCGCCUGUCCGGGCACGUCAGCUGGGUUGGCCGAACUUCGAUUGAGAUCGUCGUGUGGAUGGAGCAAAAGCUGCACGGCAAAUGGCGCAAGCUGACUCGUGCGCUGUUCCUGAUGGUAGCGCGAGACGCCACCAACACCAAGGCCUCGCUGAUCAACCCGCUGGUGCCGGCGAACGACGAAGAGAAGGCCAUUUUCGAUGGCGGAGAAUCUCGAAAAAAGCGAAGAAUUCAGCUGCAAAAAGAGGAUCUGCUCAAAACGGAACCGAACGACUUCGAGCAAGGGCUGGUGCACGAACUGUUUGUAAAAUCGAUUGAUACAAAGAGUCGCGCCUUCAACAAGCGCAUUCUACCGCCCGGUUACGUCUGGAUGGAGGACGCGACGAUGGCCAACAUUGUGUUUUCCCAUCCGGAAGACCGUAAUGCGCACAACAAAGUGUUCGGAGGCUUUCUCAUGCGCAACGCCUUGGAGCUGAGCUGGGCACUCGCGUACAAUUUCGGAAAGCGCAGACCAAAACUGGAACACAUUUCGGAUAUUAGCUUCCACCAUCCGGUGGAUGUUUCCUCGAUGCUCAACAUGCAGGCGCACGUAAUCUACACCGAUUUACACUACAUGGAAAUUGUAGUUCUAGCCGAUGUGUACGACGCAAUGACGGGUCAACAAACAACCACUAACUCAUUCUACUAUACUUAUUCGGUAGCGGAACGUCUGCCGAGCAUUAUGCCAAAAACUUAUCACGAAGCAAUGUAUUACUUAGACGGACGCCGCAAGUUCCGUUACGCAAUGGGAAUUGACACGCCGCGGAAUGCUGCCGCGGGUGAUGCUAAAAGCAAAUUGUAAGAUGUGAAUGUGAUUCAUGCUGCAACUGUCGUUUUCAGUUCAAACCAUUUGAUUGUUACAAUGUAUUAUUGGUGCUUUAUUUAUUCAAAGAAUGAAAAAUAAAUACGAGAAAGUUGAUAUUAUAAUGCUAAAACA